UCUCUAAUUCCCAUCCUGACAAGCACAGUUUCUCUAUUACAUUCUACUGACUCUUCACCAAGCUCUGCCCAUCUUCAUCGCAUCCACUUACCCCACUGACCCUCACAAAUCGCGCCAAAGCUGCAUUCGAGAUGGCAGUCUCUCCAGCUUCAGCACUGGACUAUCUCCGAACAAGGAGUAUUGUUGACUGCGACACGCUCGACGCCAAAGUCGCCCAGACCCUCGGCCCCUUCCAAGACUGCACAUCCAACCAGGCAAUCGCGUUUGCCGAGCUCUCAAAACCAGAGCGAAAGGAGCUCUUGGCAGAAUCUCACUUCAAAGCUAGCACGCUUCUACGGGCGAUGGCAGAGACGAGAGAGCCUCGGUUUGUAGGCAUUGAGCUGGAUGAAUUGGCAGUGGAAAUUGCUACUGUGAAACUGGCGAUUCAAGUUACGCCCUAUUUGCGUGGUAGGGUGCAUGUCCAGACUAAUCCGUACUAUGCUUACUCGACUGAGAAAACGAUUGCGAAUGCUUUCCGGAUUGUUUAUCUUUUCAAGGAUCUUGCCCCCCAGUGGGACAGUUCGAGGAUUUGUAUCAAGAUCCCGAGCACAUGGGAGGGCAUGAUGGCAUGUCGAACACUGCAGUUGGCAGGGGUGCAUACCCUCGCCACGACACUGUUCUCAAUGCCGCAGGCAGUUCUCGCAUCGGAGGUGGGCUGUACAUAUAUCGCUCCAUACGUCAAUCAACUAAAAGUCCACUUUGAGCCGGGGUUCGUCGACCCCAACAAGCUAUUCAUGCUCUGCUGCAAUAUACAGCAGUACUACAAAAUCAUGAGCUCUGUCACCAAAGUUCUUCCCGCGAGUCUGACCUCCACAGACGACGUGCUCGCGUUGGCAGGCGUGGACCAUAUCACCAUCGCCCCGUCUCUUCUCCAGCUCCUUUCACUUCCUGCAGGCCCCAGGCCGAGAUCUAUCUUUGAUAAGGUGACACCUGCCAUGACAGUGGGUCUUUUGAGGACGUCGUACUUGAAAGACGAAGCCGCGUACCGGAUCGCGUUCACGCGGGAUCUAGGCGGUGCCAGUGAAGAGAAGUUGACACAGGCUAUCAAUAUCUUUUGCGACAUGCAGGAUAAACUGAUUGCCCUUGUAAAGUCCAAGUCGGAGUAGAUCUUGAGCGGCAACCAUGGUAUUACAUCAGCGUCUCGCUAAGUGUAAAUGUAUACUGAAGCUAUUACUUAUUAUCCAAUCAACCUGUCUUCCUGGCCUAUGAGCACCAUGGAGUGAUUGUUAGUGCCUACAAGGCCAAAUAUUCAAAGCGGUUCUAGCAACAAUAAGAUACCAAAAUGGAAAAAAAAUGUACAAAAGUAUUUAUCUCAGCGGUAUCGCACCUCCC